AUGAAAGAUCAAAAAACAUUUAAUAAAGUAUUAGAAAAUACAUUAUAUCCAGAUACUGAAAAGUGGAAACUUUAUUCAAUAGUGAGAUGUUUAUAUGAAACUGAUGAUUUACAAAAGGCUGAACAAAAAUGUAAAUUGUCAGAAGUUACAUCUGAUUUGCAAACGGAUAAUCAAGAGGUUGAGAUUUCUAAAAGAAAAAUAACAGUGCCCCGUCGAUUUAUAUCAAGUGAUGAGGAAGAAAAUGAUAAUAUUUAUAUUCGGCCUCCAAAAUUAAAAAGGAAAUUUUUUAAUACAAAUAAAAAUACUGGAAAGAAUAUUCCGAUUUCUGAUCAAUAUUCAUCUGAUGUAGAUUCGCCGAAAACCCCAGAUUCUGUUCCCGAUGCAGAUUCUGCUAGUAGUAGAACUGAAGUAAUAGAACAAACUACUGCUUUUCUAUGUACAAUUGGUGGACGAGAUAUCUCUACAAAAAUAUCAAGAAUUUUGAGAUACCUUUUUACAGAUGCAUUAGCAUCAGAAUUCAGUUUCUAUGGGAAAAGGUUAAAUAAACGACCCUUUUCAGAUUUAUGCUUAAAGACUGUAAUUGUAGAAUCCAUCAAACGUACAUCUGGAGUGACUAACAAGGAAAUAGAGGAUGGUAUUAAGAUUUGGCUAAAGCACGCUCCUGACAGACAGAAAAAUCAAAUGAAAAGAAAAAAGCAGGAUGACGAAAAUAAUAAUAAUAGAAUAGACAAUUUUUAUUCUGAUAAGGAAAAUAUUAGUGAAACUUAUGACUGUGGAAGUCAAGAUCUCAGAUCUCUAAUUUAG